UGUGCAAUUGGAGGCUAAGCGAAGAGGCUGGAGAAGGGAGAGCGUGAUACAGAGGAGCUUGGCAUUUCAGGUUGCAGCAUGGAGGAAAGGAGCUGAGAACAGAUCUGGAAGGGGGAAGAGAAAGCACAGCAUCUCCCUGCCCCUCCAUUACACCCUAACUACCCUUUAUUUCCUCCUGCUUACACCGAAGCCAUUACCCAUUCAUAUUGUAUAACCUGAUCACCCCUUCCUACCCUCUGUUCCAUCAUUAUACCCCAUCCCACCCCCACCCUUCAUGCAUCGCACUAUACGUCCUUGAUUAUCCUGCACCUUCCCUGCGCACACUACACCUCCCCUCCUCACCUUUUCCUACACCUCAUCUCUGCCCUCCGUGUCUCUGUGAGGGGCACAACAUUGGCACUGCCUAUCUCCCUUCUGCCUGGUUUAGUCUGGAGGACGGUCAGCACAGUGUAGACUGUAGCAUGGAUAGGUGAAACUGCUACCGGAGAGACCUCUGGCUCGGUAAGCCAUUCACAUAUAGUCACCUGCAAAUGAACUCCAUAAACCCCAUGAAACCAUCACACCCGGGCACAGGGCACAGUGAUGGUUCAUUUGCAUACGAGUCUGUUCCUUGGCAACAGAGCACCAAUCAGGGUGCAGGAUCUCUCUCCGUGGUAACCACUGUCUGGGGUCUGAGCAAUACGUCGCAGAGCCAGGUUCCUGGGAAUCCUAUGGUGCCCAGCGGUGGCCCCACUGGGGGCGGAGUCAUGCCAGGCCUUUCAGGCAACGGUGGGGGCAUGAAUAGCCCUCAGUUCAUUGGCCAACAAGGGUUUCCUGAGGGUGGAGCUGGGAAGAAUUAUCUGCAACAAAAUGUAUAUGGGCGAGGCGGUUAUCCAGGUGGCACUGCAUAUUCUAACAGGGAUACACACCUCAACAGUACAUGCAGGGUGGGCAAUACCCACCACAUGCAGGGCAGUAUGCACCAUCUGCCCCACAGCAAUCUGCUCCUUCGCCAUCUUACACUGGGCACCGUAUCCAGCAGAACAUGUCACAGUAUAUGCCCCAGGCGGGUCCUGGGGGAACUUACUACAAGCUCACAGAUCAGUACAACGGACAGAGCAAUAAUUUCAGUGGAGGGAACUUCAAUUACAAUCAGGGGAUGAGCGGCCCUGGACGCUCCAUGCCGGGUUACCCCAGUUCCCCACUUCCAGGAAACCCCACUCCACCUAUGACUCCAGGCAGUAGUGGCCCUCCUUAUAUGUCACCAGGACAAGAUGUAAAAUCUCCCUUCCUCCCAGAUGUCAAACCCCCACAUGGCACUCUUCACCCGUCACCCACUGGUGAGCGUCACAAAGUCUCCUGUGAUGUAGAAGGCUGUUACCUGGGCAACUCUAAUGACGAGCUACGUCUGACAUUCCCUGUACGUGACGGAAUUGUGCUGGAGCCAUUCAGACUACAGCAUAAUCUGGCAGUCAGUAACCAUGUUUACCACCUUCGGGAGUCGGUGUAUAAGACUCUCAUGUUGAGGCCUGACCUGGAACUACAGUUUAAGUGUUAUCAUCAUGAAGAUCGUCAGAUGAACACGAACUGGCCAUGCUCGGUGCAAGUGAGCGUUAACUCCACUCCUUUGAGUAUCGAGCGCGGGGAUAAUAAGACAUCUCACAAACCCCUAUACCUGAAACAAGUGUGCCAGCCAGGAAGAAACAGCAUCCAGAUCACCGUCAGUGCCUGCUGUUGUUCCCACCUGUUCGUAUUGCAGCUGGUACACAGACCAUCGGUGCGGUCUGUCCUUCAGGGUCUUAUAAAGAAGAGGCUGCUUCCUGCAGAACACUGCAUAACCAAGAUUAAAAGAAAUUUCACCAGUGGCAGUAUACCAGGAACUCCUGGUCCUAACGGGGAAGAUGGUGUGGAACAGACGGCCAUCAAAGUGUCCCUAAAAUGUCCAAUCACCUUCCGGAGAAUUCAGCUUCCUGCAAGGGGACAUGACUGUCGCCAUAUCCAGUGCUUUGAUCUUGAGUCUUAUCUGCAACUCAACUGUGAGCGUGGGACGUGGAGGUGUCCUGUGUGCAAUAAGACGGCGCUGCUGGAAGGUUUAGAAGUUGACCAGUACAUGCUUGGGACCUUGUUGUACAUCCAGGGGUCAGAUUAUGAGGAGAUUACAAUCGAUCCCACGUGUAGCUGGAAGCCUGUUCCUGUGAAGCCAGAUACCCAUGUGAAGGAAGAAUCAGAUGGUCCAGUUUUAAAGCGAUGCCGGAGUCUGAGUCCUGCUCACAUGGUAAUGCCGAAUGUAAUGGAGAUGAUUGCAGCUCUGGGACCCUUCAAUGGUGUUCAAUCGGCAGGCGGCAAUGGCACAGAUUACAGUGGACACGGCUCUGGUUUUCAGAAUCCUGGAGGAUUCCAAGAGGGGGGCUUCCCCCCUAACAACCCAAACACACAAUCUAUGAAUGAAUUCACCCCCAAUGCCCCUCCACCAAUCACCUAUCAGUCAGACAUUCCCAACUCUUUGAUGGUCCCUGAGAAAGGUGGAGGAUCCUCAAUGACUGGGCAGGUCCCCUCAUCUGGAAGGAUGGACCCCUCACACAAUCCUGCCCAAUCACUUCAUAAUCCCAACCUUAGUAACCAAUCAGCACAGCAGCUUCACCACCGCAAUCAGUCUCGGCAACCAAUGGCACAGCCUGGCAGUGAGCUUGUGUUUAACCCCACUGGCUCUAUGCCAGGUGCUGGUGAUGUGACAGAGCCCUCCUUGGAUCUACUUCCUGAACUGACAAAUCCUGAUGAACUUCUUUCAUAUCUUGGACCCCCAGACCUACCCAGCAGUGGCAAUGACGACCUCCUUUCCCUUUUUGAGAACAACUGAGGCUUUAUCCAUUUAGGUUACAAUUAGUCUGCCUACUCGCCAUCGUCUUUUUUUUUUUUUUGUAUCCAGCCUUCCAGACGUCAUGAGAAGAGGAACAUAGGAGACCUAAUGUGCGCUACAGAUUCAUAAAGCGUUGCACCAGUAAAGAGUGGCCAUGACUUUAUCUGUUGUAAAAUAGCUGCAGACUGAUGCUUGCUAGACCCCAGAUGAUAUCUCCUGAAGACUGAUACCUUAUUUAUUUAUAAGGUAAUUAAAAAAAAAAAAAGAGAGAAUAUUACGUGUGGAACUUCUCAUGAGACUUUUUUUCUUUGGAUGAGGCCUGCAGAAACCAUGGCGAACCAGCAAAGCUUUUUCGGUGAACUCCCAUUCAUGUUAGGCAUGUUUGAAGAGAACGCCUCAAGCAAAGACACAAAAUGAAGCCUUUCUCUCUAGAAUCAUUUACCCAUCAUUCUUUGAGAGGUGGCCUAGAUGUGAAUAUUGACUUGUUUUAAUACACCUACAGCAAGAGGCGCUGAAUUAAGAGCACAAUACAGAUAGUGUGCAUAUUCACACAAUGUAUAAAACAUUUAUACAGACAUUUUACAGACCCGCACAUAAUCAUGCAUACGUGUUUGUGUCUGUAGUGUUACACACACGUGUGUGUAUACACCGACAAGUAUAUAUGCAUAGACUGACAAAUACACACCUGUAUGUUUGUGUAAUUGUAAAUAGUUGCUUAUUUUAUAUGUAUUGUUUAUUGCAUCAAACCUUUUUCUCAUUCCAAGGAGGGGAAACAGUGUAAAUUUCCAGCUCUGCCGUUGACUCUAGACAUUUAUUAAAUCCUACUUCACUUUGGACUUGGUCUCAACCUCUAGAAACCAUUCUAACCUGUAGCCCAUUUAUUAGCAUAUUUAUUUGUGCUUAAACUACAAUUUCUCAUGUGCUGAACAUGCAAUAAAUAAAAUGACAGUUAACAGCCA